GCGGCCUCGCGGGCGCCCGCACGCACCGACUUGUCAACGAGACAAGGCACGGGGGCGCGGUGCCGACGGCGACGCGUGGCGUCAUGUGUCGCGGGGCGCGCCUCGGCUUGCGCGCUUGCGCGCGUCCUGGGGGCCGCUGACGGGCUUGCGCGCCGGUGCGGAGCCGGAGGCGGGCCGCGGGGCCCAACGACGGAGAGGGCGGGGCCAGCUCCGGGACCGAGGCGACUACACACCGAGCGAGCGCCUGUGCCCGAGGGCAGCGAUGCUGUGGUUCCAGGGCGCCAUUCCGGCCGCCAUCGCGUCGGCCAAGAGGAGCGGCGCGGUCUUCGUGGUGUUCGUGGCAGGUGAUGAUGAGCAGUCUACACAGAUGGCUGCAAGUUGGGAAGAUGAGAAAGUGACAGAAGCAUCUUCAAACAGUUUUGUUGCUAUUAAAAUCGAUACCAAAAGUGAAGCCUGCCUACAAUUUUCACAGAUCUAUCCUGUAGUGUGUGUUCCAUCCAGUUUCUUUAUUGGAGACAGUGGAAUUCCCUUGGAAGUAAUAGCAGGAAGUGUUCCUGCAGAUGAACUUGUUACCAGAAUCCACAAAGUCCGGCAGAUGCACUCGUUAAAAGGUGAAAUAUCAGUGGCAGAUAGAGGCCAGUCAAAAAGUUCAGUCUCUACUCCAUCCACCUCAUUUGAACAUAACAACACUUCUGAAAACUGUCAGUCCAGAAAUGUAGAGCUCUGUGAGACACCACCCACUUCUGAUACAAAGUCAGAUUCUGCAACAGGAGGAGAAAUUUCAGGCCAGGCCACUGUGUCUCAAGAGCCUGGUGGAUGUUCAAAUCAGAGACCUACAGAGGAGCUCACCAUCAGAGUGGAAAGACUAACCAAAAAACUUGAAGAAAGGAGAGAAGAGAAAAGGAAAGAGGAAGAACAGAGAGAGAUUAAGAAGGAAAUUGAGAGGAGGAAAACUGGAAAAGAAAUGUUGGAUUAUAAAAGAAAGCAAGAAGAAGAAUUAACAAAAAGAAUGUUAGAGGAAAGAAACAGAGAAAAGGCAGAAGAUAGGGCAGCUCGAGAGCGUAUAAAACAGCAGAUUGCACUGGACCGUGCAGAGAGAGCUGCUCGUUUUGCAAAGACAAAGGAAGAAGUAGAAGCUGCUAAAGCUGCUGCCCUGCUAGCCAAACAGGCAGAAAUGGAAGUCAAGAGAGACUCUUCCACAAAAGAAAGAAGAAGAUUAACAAGUGGGAUUUCCCUGGUGGCGCAGUGGUUAAGAAUCCGCCUGCCAAUACAGGGGACAUGGGUUCGAGCCCUGGUCUGGGAAGAUCCCACAUGCUGCGGAGCAGCUAAGCCUGUGUGCCACAACUACUGAGCCUGUGCUCUAGAACCUGCAAGCCACAACUACUGAGCCUGCGCACCACAACUACUGAAGCCUGUGCACCUAGAGCCCGUGCUCUGUAACAAGAGAAGCCAGUGCAAUGAGAAGCACGCGAACUGCAAUGAAGAGUAGCCCCCACUCACUGCAACUAGAGAAAGCCCGUGCGCAGCAAUGAAGACCCAGUGCAGCCAAAAAUAAAUAAAUAAAAUAAAUAAAAACUAUUUUCCGAAAGUCAUAAAAUACUUAAGAAUAUAUUUAACAGAAGUGUAAAGUUUGUACACUGAAAACUAGAAAACAUUAUUGAAAUAAUUAAAGAAGACCUAACUAAAUACAUGGAAAGAUAUUUUGUUUUCAUAGAUCAGAAGACUAUAUUGUUAAGAUGGCAGUAAUCCUCAAGCUGGUUUACAGAUGCAACACAAUCCCUAUCAAAAUUCUAGCUGUUUUUUUUUUGCCAAAAUUUAUGCAGGAAUCUGAUUCUAAAAUUUAUAUGGAAAUGCAAGGGACCCAGAAUAGUCAAAACAAUCUGGAAAAAGAACAAAGUUGGAGGACUCAAACUUUCUGAUUUUAAAACUUAACUAUGAAACUACGGUAACCUAGACAGUGUGGUAUUGGCAUAAGGAUGGACAUAUGGGUUGAUGUAUAGGCAUACCUCGUUUAUUGUGGUAAUGCUUUAUUGCAGUUUUUUACAGAUUGAAGUUUUGUGGCAACUCUGUGUUGUCAGUUGAUAGUUAGCAUUUUUAGCAAUAAAAUAUU